GACAUACUACGAUUCUUUGGUCAGGCAAGCAUCUUUUGAGGUAUAUUCACAUCCUGUUUGUUUAAAAGUGGUUUGAAAUUAAGGAAGAUAUGUCAUUGGAGACCGUCCCAAAAGACCUGAGAAACUUAAGAGCAUGUUUAUUAUGUUCUCUUGUAAAGACAUUUGAGCAGUUUGAGCGUGAUGGCUGUGACAAUUGUGAGGAGUACCUGCACAUGAAAAAUAACAGAGAUGCUGUAUACGACUGCACAAGUUCAAGUUUUGAUGGGUUAAUUGCAGAAAUGGGCAAUGAAGACAGUUGGGUUGCCAAGUGGCAGAGGAUAAAUCGUUUUGUGAAAGGAUGCUAUGCAGUAUCAGUGACUGGACGGUUGCCACCAGGGAUAGCAAGAGAACUAAAAAGCAAAGGCAUAAUAUACAGAUCAAGAGACACCAGUCAGAAGACAUGAUAACGUCUGUCUGAGACUUAAUGGUGGGGACUUCGUAGCAACAUGUGGGAACUGCCAAUUGUGGCAGGAACUGAAAAUCUACACAAAGACAUAUUGCCAGAACUGUGUACACUAGUCUGUGGGCAAAAGAGUUGGUUGAUGUUGAGAUAGGAUCGUAGUUCUGGUAUUAGUAUUAUACUUUUUUAAAGCCUUGGAAUAUAAUUAUUAGUCUCAAAAUUGGAUUCUACUGCAGAUAAGGAUAUCAUUCCAAUUUGAAAUGCAUGGCUAUGUUCAAUUUUUUUCAACUGAUCAGCUGUGACCAUAAGCCUAAUGCAUAGAGAAAACUUCCAGAAUAGCACAUAAUGUUGCUAAAUUUCUAGAAAUUAUUAUAUUUUUUCUGGAAAGGUUCACAGAUGACCAAUACUAAGGGAUUUGUUGUUGUUACUGUCACUUUAUAACAGCUGAAGCUGGAUGUUAAUGAAGUAACAAAAGUCAAGUUUCUUGGUGUUAAUUAAAAGACUGAAUAAAAAGCUAAUGAUAUCUUC